AUGUAUAUCGGUGCAUUUCAGGACACACUGUUCGUCGAUAUGCUCGAAUACUUCGGGUGGGUAACCGUUGGGAAGGAAUAUUUAGAUAUCUACAGGCCCAAUGGUGUACCAGUAGCGCCCAAUGCGGUGGCUGCGUCUAUCAGCGGGAAAGAGGAGAUGAAACAAGAUAACCAGACCAGUACUGAUAGCAUGUCUACUUCUACUCAGCAAGAGACCGAUGCCAGUAAUGAGGACAUCGAAAGAGCCAUGGAUACAGAUAAUGGUCUUGAUAAAGCGAUGAGCGGUGGCCAAGGUGUCUUUGGUACUGAAGAAGACGAUAGUUCCACAAAGGAUGCUAGCAAACCGGAGGAAGCUGACCCAUUUUUGGUGGAGUUCCUAGGUGAAGAUGAUCCCAGAAAACCUUGGAAUUGGUCCUUUUCGAAAAAGACUUUCGUUAUAGUGCAAUUGAUGGUGCUAACAUGUAUCAACUAUAUGGGUUCCUCCAUUUACACACCAGGACAAGAACAAAUACAACAUGAAUUUCACGUCGGUCAUGUCGUCGGUACAUUAAAUUUGUCCAUGUACGUUCUGGGUUACGCAAUUGGCCCAAUUAUAUUUUCACCUUUAUCAGAAGUUAGCAGUAUCGGUAGAAUGCCCUUGUACUUAUGGACAUUUAUACUUUUCACUAUCUUACAAGUUGCAUGCGCCUUGGUUAGAAAUAUCGCAGGUUUGGUUAUACUGAGAUUUAUUACAGGCAUUCUGUGUUCACCUGUUCUGGCAACAGGUGGUGCAUCUGUUGGUGAUGUGUGCUUCCCAAGAUAUGUCCCAAGAUUUCUAGGUGCAUGGGCCGUUGGUGCCGUUGCCGCUCCCGUUAUGGCCCCAAUCCUAGGUGCUGCAAUGGUGGUGGCUAAAGAUUGGAGAUGGAUUUUCUGGCUAAUGUUGUUCAUGUGCGGGGCAACUCUACUCUCCAUCAUUUUCUUCUUUCCAGAAACAUCGCAUGAGUGUAUAUUACACCGCAGAGCCAAAAGAUUAAGAAAACUGACUGGUGAUGAUAGAUACUAUACUAAAAAAGAGAAGCAAGAGGAAGCACUACCAGUGAGUGUUUUUAUCAAGAAUACACUUUGGAGACCUAUCAAAAUGAUUGCACUAGAGCCUAUUAUUCUUGCUUUUGACGUUUACAUCGCAUUGUGUUAUGGUGCAUUUUACCUAUUUUUUGAAGCUUUCCCCAUUGUGUUCGCGGGUAUUUACCAUUUCACCUUGGUAGAGGUGGGUCUAGCAUUUUUGGGCUUCUGUGUGGGUUGUGUUUUCGCAUACACAGCAUUGAUUAUCUUCCAAGAGAAAGUCAUCCGAAAGAAAUUCUUAGAGGGUAAAUUCAGACCAGAAUUAUUUUUAAUCCUAGCUAUGUGUUUGGGAUGGUGCCUACCAUUUUCCUUAUUCUUUUUUGGUUGGACUGCUAGAAUCCAUUGGAUUCUUCCAAUUAUUGCCGAAUUAUUCUUUGUGCUUUCGGUAUUUAACCUUUUCCAGGCUACAUUUUCGUACUUGGCCGUGUGUUAUCCAGAAUACGUUGCAUCGGUUUUUGCAGGUAAUGGUUUGUGUCGUGGUGCAUUUGCAGCGGCAUUCCCAUUAUUCGGUAAAGCAAUGUACGAUAGAUUGAGCACAAAAAAGUAUCCCGUAGCUUGGGGUUCCACUUUAAUUGGAUUCAUCACUGUGGUGCUAUCACUGAUUCCAUUUGUACUUUACAAAUACGGCCCCGCACUUAGAGCAAGAUCAAGAUUUAGUCCAGAUUCAUGA